AUGGCGGUCCUGUUUUGCAAUUGUUUCAGCUGCCCUCAAAAAGAUAAUUUCAUCCUGGAGGAUGAAAAUGUUGAGAAAUCAACAGAGAUGGCAAGGCAGACAGAAAGUGACGUUUCUCUUUCCAAUAUCAACAGGAUCAAAAAAGAACCACCAAGUGUCCUGAGGAAGCCCAUUGAAGAACAACCAUGUAGCAGGACAGCAAGCCCAAAUAUUGGUCAGAGACCUAAAGGAUUGUGCUCACAGCACCUUCUUGGGUGCUGCGUAGUCCAGUUUGAUUAUGUGGCACGAACAGGAAAGGAGCUGAGUGUGAAAAAAGGAGAACGCCUGGAGAUUCUCCACAAGGAAAUAGAUUGGUGGUUUGCUCAAAAGCUUUGCAGAAGUUCGAAAAGUGAUAAGAAUCAGAAAGAAAACGAACAGGGAUUUGUGCCUGUUCAGAUCCUAGCCAGAGAGGAGAGCUUAGAAGCAGAACCUUGGUAUUGUGGAGAAAUGACUCGAUUUGAAGCUGAAAAUCAACUCCUUUCUCCUAAUCGAAAUCACGGCUCAUUUCUGGUACGCAAGAGUGAGAGGAUACAAAAUUCAUAUGUACUAUCAGCUAAUGUAGAAAGAACAGUAAUACAUUCACUUAUUUCACACAAUGAAGCUGGCAGAUUUUAUUUGCACAGUGGUUCCGAGUUUGACUCUGUUCAUGAACUCGUGGAGUUUUACAAAAACAACAUGUUGUUUAGGGGUGUAAAAUUGAUGAAGCCAAGCACAAAGAAGGAGCCAGUCUUUCGUCAUUUGUCAUAUAACACUGUGGACGAGUGGGAACGGCCAAAAGCAGAAUUCACUUUAGUGAGAUGCAUUGGGUCUGGUAGCUACGGAGAUGUGUGGAAAGCAAUAUGGAAUGACAGUGUACACGUUGCCAUCAAAAUGCUGCGAGCAGAUGCAACAGAUCCCAAUAAAUUUCUGAAGGAAGCGCAAAUCAUGAAAAACUUGCAACACCCCAAUUUAAUCCGCCUGUAUGCUGUAUGCACCAGAAAGCAGCCAUUCUUCAUUGUCACGGAACUGAUGAGACAUGGCGAUCUUCUAAAAUAUUUAAAGAGGUAUCAUCUGCAAAUUCCACAAAUGAUAGAUAUGGCAGCACAGGCCGCUGCUGGGAUGUCACACCUAGAAUCCAACAAUUACAUUCAUCUGGAUUUAGCAGCAAGAAAUAUUCUUGUAGGAGACAACAAUGUUUGCAAAAUCGCAGACUUUGGCCUGGCAAGAUUGAUAAAGCAGGAAGAUAAUAUUGCCAUUCGAUUCACUGACAAACUUCCGAUUAAAUGGACAGCUCCAGAAGUUGUAAUGAACAGUGACUUUUCUGUGAAAUCUGAUGUGUGGUCCUUUGGUAUUGUUCUGUACGAGAUUAUUACAAAAGGGAAAAUGCCAUAUCUUGGAAUGACAAAUCGAGAUGCCCUGUUCAAAGUGGCUAAUGGCUACCGAAUGCCAUGUCCAGCAGGCUGCCCAGAACCUAUCUACAAUCUCAUGAGAGAGUGUUGGAAUGAAAAUCCAGAUGAUCGACCAUCAUUUAAAACAUUGAAACUACAAUUGGAAGACUUCCUCACCAUCAAUUUUAGCACGUACACAUUGCCCUUCUCAGAGGUGAAUAAGACUUUAAAUGAGACUACUACCAAAACAUAA